CCGUGUUCCCGCAGCUCCUCCCGCGGCCCCCCCGCUCCCGCAGCUCCGCAGUCCGGCGCAGCCCCGGCCGGAGAAAAUGGCGGAUCGCGCCGAGAUGUUCUCGCUCUCCACCUUCCACUCGCUCUCCCCGCCCGGCUGCAGGCCCCCCCAGGACAUCAGCCUGGAGGAGUUUGACGAUGAGGACCUGUCAGAGAUCACGGACGACUGUGGCAUCGGCCUCAACUAUGACUCGGACCACUAUGAGAAGGACUGCCUGGUGCUGGACCGCGGGGAGCAGCCCCACCCCGUCUGCACCUUCCAGGACGACUUCCAGGAGUUCGAGAUGAUCGACGACAACGAGGAGGAGGAGGAGGAGGAAGAGGAGGAGGAGGAGGGCAACGAUCUGGAAGCUCCACCGUCCCCUUCGGCCUCACCCAUCCCCUCGCCUGCCCUGGAGGAGACGCAGAAGCACCGACCCACCACGCUCAACCUGACGGCCCCGGGCACCCAGGAUUCCCUGAACAACAACGGCAGCUUCCCACCGCCCGCUCACCGCACGACCUGGCAGGACGCCCUCCUCCACUCCUCCUCCUCCUCCUCUUCCUCACACACCGGACACUCGUCUCCCCACGCCUGCAUCCUGGACGGACCCUGCCUGGAGAGCCCGCGGGGCCCCGGGGGGGCCCCCCCCUCGCUGCCGCCCUCCCCCUUGGACUCGCAAGGCAACAGCCCCGAGUCCCUGGCACAUGGUAACCCAUCGCCCCCGAGUGCCGGGCAAGAUUUUAACAUGAACCUCAUCUCCGCAGCGCUCCGAGCUCCGCUGUCCCCGCCGCGCCCCCGCCAGCCACCCCCUCAACCGUGUCUCUCUCCAACAGGGCCCGCGGCUCCCCCCGGCCCCCCCGACGCCGGCCCCCCGCCCCCGGCCCCCGCCGCUGCCCCCCGCGCCCCCACGCAGCCCGAGGCGGCCCGGGGGGCCCCCAGCCCGGGGUCCCCCCGCCCGCAGCCCGGCCCCCCGCGGCCCCCCGAGGAGCGGGCGGACGGCGCCCGCGUGUGCCCCCCGGAGCCGCUCAGCUCCGACGGGGAGGGUCCCCGGUCCGGCCGGGCGGCCAGUGUGCGCGGGCACCCCUCGGGCUCCUCGGAGACCACCUCGCCCUCCUCGGACCCCGGCAUCGAGGCCGACCUCACCAGCCGCACCGCCAAGCCCUUCCUGCCCGGCGGGCGGCACGGGGAGGACCUGAGCUCGCCCGGCUCCGACUCGGACGUGGAGGGGGAGCUCGAGGCGGCCUUCGCCGGCGGGCGCCUGGUCAGCAACAUGAUCUCCUCCAUCUCGGAGACAGAGCUGGACCUGAGCAGCGACAGCAGCAGCGGCCGCUCCUCCCACCUCACCAACUCCAUCGAGGAGGCCAGCUCGCCCGGCUCCGAGGGAGAGCUGGAGCCGGAGCUGGAGGCGCCUGGCCUGAUGGGCAUCAAGGACUCGCUGCUGCUCGACAAGGGCAAGGAGGAGGAGGAGGAGCCCGCGGAGAGGGGGCCGCCGGAGCGCGGCGUGGUGAGGAGGGAGAGCCUGGCCGAGCUGAAGAUGGAGGGGUACUACGACAGCCUGGACCCCGCCGACUGCCCCGCGCCCGAGGGCCAGACCGAGGUCUCCGCCUCCAGCCCCCUGGACCUGAAGAUCGACCCGGACCACAGCCUGGAGAGCAUCCGCCGCUCCUUCUACCUGCCCGUGGGGCCCAAGCUGAUGCCCGAGGCGGACGAGGAGGACAACAGCGAGUACGACUCCGACUCGGAGUCAGAGCCCGACCUGAGCGAGGACUCGGACUCUCCCUGGCUGCUCAGAAACCUGGUCAACAAGAUGAUAUCGGAGGGCUCGUACCCCAUCAAGUGCCCGGACGAGUGCUUCCAGAACACCCACUCGCUGUGCGACACCAUCUCCCCGGCCUCCGGACCCUGGAAAGCCCGAGAUCAUGGAGCGAGGCCGGGGUGCGCCGAGGACGAGCGAGGCCUGGACGCCGCCACGGAGCCGCCGCCGGAGCCGCCGGCUGAGGAGCCGGGCCCCUUCCUCUUCCUCAGCAACCCCACCAACGACACCAUCGCGCCCGUUUUCCCGGGGCGCCCCGUCACCCUCGACAGGCUGGACGCCUCCGAGGUCCUGGCCACCUUCGGCUGCCGUCCCGCGCCGCCGCGCGUCCCGCCACGCGCGUCCCCCGGCGCCGAGCCCGCCGUCACCGGGGACCACCACGGCACCGGGGACCACCACGGCACCGGGGACCAUCACAGUGCUGGGGACCAGCGCACCGCCAGCCCCGAAGGCUGGGCCGUCGACAGGGACCUGGACUCGGGGGUCCUGGAAGCCGCCGACAUGAUCGACGACGUCCGGUUAGUGCCCCCCGACGCCGACCCCGCCACGCUGGACGUCUCCACCGCCAAGACCAACCGCGGCUUCGCCAUGGCCUUCGACGAGGACGAGGGGUCCUUCCUGCCCGACUCCUCCUUCCCCACGGCCCCGCGGCGGGGCAGCUUCGGGGGGGAGCUGCCGCCCGUCCCCGGGGCGCCGGAGCCGCCGGCGCUGGACGAGUCGCUGGCCUACGACUCGGUGAAGUACACGCUGGUGGUGGACGAGCACACGCAGCUGGAGCUGGUGAGCCUGCGGCGCUGCACGUCCGUGCUGAGCGACGACAGCGACCUGCUGCGCGCCUGCGACCGCUGCGACAUGGACGACGAGGUGGCCUUCGGGGACGGGCUGGUGGCCCCCGACGCGCACAGCUCCUCCGAGGACUCGUCCCCCGAGGCCGACCUCCAGUUCUCCAAGAAGUUCCUCAACGUCUUCGUCAACAGCACCUCGCGCUCCUCCAGCACAGAGUCCUUCGGGCUGUUCUCCUGCAUGGUGAACGGGGAGGAGCGGGAGCAGACCCACCGCGCCGUCUUCAGGUUCAUCCCCCGCCACGAGGAUGAGCUGGAGCUGGACGUGGACGACCCCAUCCUGGUGGAGCUGGAGGAGGACGACUACUGGUACCGGGGGUUAACAAGGUUAGGGGGUAGGGGCAUCUUCCCCGCCUUCUACGCCCACGAGGUGGUCGGCCAGGCCCGGGACGCCAUCGGCCUGAAGAGGAACCCGUGCUGGGUGGAGCGGUUCAACGUGCAGUUCCUGGGCUCUGUGGAGGUCCCGUAUCACCAGGGCAACGGGAUCCUCUGUGCCGCCAUGCAGAAGAUCGCCACCACCAGGAAGCUGACGGUGCAUCUGCGCCCCCCGGCCAGCUGUGACCUGGAGGUGACGCUGCAGGGCAUCAAACUCAUCCUGACCGUCACCGAGUACAGCCGGGACGAGGAGUUCGAGCGCUGCAGCCACUUCUUCCAGAUGAAAAACAUCUCCUUCUGCGGGUGCCACCCCCGGAACAGCUGCUACUUCGGGUUCAUCACCAAGCACCCGGUGCUGAGCCGCUUCGCCUGCCACGUGUUCGUGUCCCAGGAGUCCAUGAGACACGUGGCCGAGUGUGUCGGCCGAGCGUUUCAGGAAUAUUACCAGGAGCACCUGGAAUACGCCUGCCCCACAGAGGACAUCUACCUGGAGUAGGGGGGCAGCGGGGGGGCUCCUGCUUCCGCACCCCCCUCCAGCCCCACGGCGGCCAGAGACUGUGUGACCCCCAGCCAGCCGGCUUGGCCCCCCCGCACACGCUCCAGCCCAGGCCCCACGGCCCCCCCGCACACCCUCACCGCUUCUCGGGGGGCCGGGGGCCGCCGCGGACCACGGGUGGGUAUCGGGGUGCGCCCCGGGCACUCCGGGCACGGCGGUGACGCAGCCCGGCCUGGGGGGCCGGGGAGGAGCCGCCCCCCACCCCCUGCAUGAGCAACGCCGGCCCGGGGGGCAGGAGCGGGGAGAAGCCCCCCGGACACGGGGGGGACCGAGAGGGGGGCUCGAGGGGGUGAGUGGGGCUGGGGGGAGGCUGCGAGGGGGCUGACGGGGGCACGGGGAGGGGGGGUGUGCCAGGGUGAGCAUCUCCAUGAAACCCCCGAGCCCUGCGCAGUGCCAGCCCCCCACCCUGAGGAACGGGGGUCCCCCCCAGCGCUGCAGCCCCCGGGAACGGCCCAAACCCCCCCUCCAGCUGCAGCCCCCGGGUCUCCCGCCCCCGGCCCCCUCGUGUCGGUGCCCCCGGCCCCACCCCCUGCCACCGCUCCGCCAUCCCCCUGCCCGGGGGGCCGAGCUCCCCCCGAGGGGCCGUGGGGCGCAGCACCGCGCUCGGGCCCCGGGGGGGUCCCCGUCGGGGGGAUCCCCGUCGGGGGGGUCCCCGUUGGGGGCCCCCCCGCUCCUCACUGCUGUGCCUGGUGGUUUCUUUGCUUCGGCCCCUCUCGCCCAGCGCUAUCGUGACUAUAACUCCACCCGCUCGAUGUCCCGAUAUUUAUCUGUAACUCAGCAGCCAGAGGAGCCCCGAGAGCCCCCCGAGCCACUGUACGACCCCCGGUUGUCCCCACGCCGUGUCACCCACUUGGUCUUUCAAUAAAAUAUAUGCUUGGUGUGA